CUGGAAGAAGCGAAGUUGAUCCCGCAGAAAUGUCAUUGUCUUGAAAGUAUCAAGGCCAUUGUCCUCCACUGAGCCGUGCUGAGGGCUUCAUCGUUGCUCCCUGCGCUUGUCGACCAUGUUUCGCCGGUGGGGUGCUUGAAUAGUUUGUCCGUCAUGUCAGGUUCCAAUAACAAUCCUGGGAGCGGACAGACACUCCCAGAGUCGGGAGCAGCGGCCACUGUGCCUGCUGCUCUCCCAAUAGAAUCGAUCGAGCAAUCCUUCAGUGACACCGACUCGGGAUACGAAGAGGGUACCUUGUCGACAGCUUCGGUGACCUCCAGCAUCUACGCGUUUGAGCAGGAAAAUGGCAGGACGUACCACUCAUACAAGGCUGACAAAAAAUAUGUUAUGCCGAAUGACGAGGCCGAAAGAGAGCGUAUGGACAUCCACUACCAUAGCCUUCGCUACGCUAUGAGAGAUAAACUCUUCUAUGCCCCGAUAGAACACCCGACCUCUGUCUUCGACGUCGGCACAGGCACAGGCAUCUGGGCCAUGGACGUGGCAGAUGCAUAUCCGGGGGCACAAGUGCUGGGUAUCGACUUGUCGCCCAUUCAGCCGACCUGGGUGGCUCCAAACCUUGAGUUCCAGGUAUUCGAUCUAGAGGAGCCGUGGGACAUGCCAGGGCGGUUUGACCUGGUGCACAGCCGCGAGAUGAAUGGCUUCUCGAUCAAGAACUGGCCCAAAUUCUUCGAACAGGCCUUUGCGUCUUUGAAACCUGGUGGGUGGGUUGAAUGCCAGGAGUUUGACCUGGACAUCAAGUCCGACGACAAUACCAUCCCCACGACCAGUGCUGUGAUAAGGUGGCAGAGUCUUUGGGAAGAGGGCGUCCAGCAAGCUGGUAUGACCGGCCGAUGCUACCCAGAUAAGAUGGCAGAACAGAUGCGCGAAGUGGGCUUCAUCAACAUCCGAAUCCUAUCCUUCAAGAUGCCCAUUGGACCCUGGGCCAAAGAUCCCAUGCUGCGACAAUCAGGACUAUGUACGCUGGUCGGUCUGUUGGACGGCGUCUUCGGGCUGAGUGUCAGAGUGUAUACUCAGCUCCUCGGCUGGUCCGUCGAGGAGUUGGAAGCGCUCCUGGUGCAAGUGCGGCAGGAAUGGAGGAGCAAGAGGAUUCACAGCUAUUUCCCAAUAUACGUGGUUUACGGCCAGAAGCCGCCGUGAGGAGAAGUUCAGGUGCCAUUAUACCACAUUUUAUUAUUCUCGAUGCAUAUCUAGGUGUUUCUGCGGGCGAUGAAAGGGGUAAGGGAGAGCGGUGAGUUCUGCAUGAGAGCCGUCGUUCGCAGGGAGUUUCCACGCCAGAGUAAAAUUCUCGAGUGUUUCAACACUUCAAUGUCUUCGACCCCAGUCUCAGAGGCGCGCGGACAUUUUCAUAUAGACGAUAGAGAAGUGAAAGUCGACCAAAGUACUGUUUAAACGCAC